AUGCUCGGCGCCUUCAGUGGAAAUAUCCUUUCUCACGAGAAAGAUUCUCAGAAUUAUUUAAUGCCUGAAUAUAUGCUAGGCAAGUCCUCUGAUUCAUUACUGGCAAUCGGUCAUUCGGGUGGAAUUCCCGGAUCCUUAGCAACGAUCUGGACUUCUCUAGAGACAGAGAGUGCUAUCUUAGUCCUGACUAAUGGUCGGGGCCUUGGAGAUGCAAGUGACUUUGUGGCACAGACUUUGAUCCAACAGUUGUUCGAUCUCAAGCCGAGAUUUAAUCUAAAACCGUGGGUCGAGCAUGAGACGAAGCUGGCGCAAUGA